AUGAAAAGUUUCAAUAUAAAAUUUUGUUUAGCAGUGAGAUUCGAUGCGCUCACAGAAGGACAAGGAGAUGAUGUGUUAACAAAUGCAACUGCACACGUCUACAAGGGUGUAGAAGGGACAAUCAGUUUGGGUAUCUCUUCAUCAAGAAACGCCGUUGGAGCUGACCAAUCGUCCAUACAAAAUCAUGCGCUGGGACAAAUAGGACUUUUAAUUCUGAACGCUACGGGAAAUGUGAAUGCACAGGGUCAGCGCGCAAACUCCGCAUCAGAGAUAACGGCAGCAGAUUAUGGUGGCAAUAAAUCGGUCUCCUCUAUUCAGAAGGGAGAAGCAAGUGGAACAGGUGACACAUUAGUGCAGGCGAAUGGUGGAGCUGUUAUGUCUAACUAUGGAUUCAAUAGCCCUCACAGCGUUGUGCUAAAUUCAGAACAUCCAGAAAAAAUGUGGAAGGGCGGACUGGAUCCAUACUAG